AUGUCUAGCAAUGAAGGCACUUCGGCCUCUGAGUCCUAUCGAAUGAAAGAAUGUGAUAUACUGCGCUGCUGCAACCAGAAAGAUAUCGAUACUCUGGUAGCUUUAGCAUGCUCAGAUGGUGGCUUAUUACGCGACGACCUUCGCAAAUUAGCCUGGCCACUAUUACUUGGGUGUGAACGGGAACCUACCGGCAAGAAUUCAAGAGUCGAUGACCUUCCUAGGCAUCGUGAUGAAGAACAAGUAAAGUUAGACGUUAACCGAGCCUUUGUACAUUAUCCAAAUUACCGGACUGCUGAACAAUUGGAAUUUAAAAAAAAAGAACUGUUUGAUCUAAUCAUAUCUAUCCUCAGAAAACACCCUAUGUUGUGUUACUUCCAAGGAUAUCACGAUAUUGCACAAGUUCUACUUCUUGUGCUCGGCCCAAAAGACUCCGCAUCUGCAGUGGAGCGAAUUUCCCUUUUCCGGAUCAGGGACUAUAUGCUACCUUCCCUCUCUCCUUCCAUUAAACAUCUUCAGCUACUUCCCGCCCUUAUUAGCCUUGCAGACCCGGUUCUUUAUAGUCACUUGUCUGGAACACAGCCAUUUUUUGCCCUGGCCGCAACCCUUACGCUCUACGCCCAUGAUAUUCAAGAAUACAGUGAUAUAGCACGACUGUAUGACUUCAUCCUUUCCCACGAGCCAGUUGUAUCGAUCUACCUAUUCGCGUCAAUUAUACUUUCGAGAAGGAAAGAGCUGCUUGAAAUUCCUACUGAUGAACCAGAAAUGAUCCAUUUCACGCUUUCGAAACUUCCACAGCCCCUUGAUCUUGAGAUGCUGAUUGGUAACGCAAUGAAGCUAUAUCUUCACCAUUCUCCCGAAUCCCUUCCGUUUCGUGCCUGGAAGAAGAUUUCUCAACAUAGUGUUUUGAAAACAUCUAGAGAUUUAUCCUUACACACGACAACUCUUGUUGCACGAGACUUGUUUGAAAAGCAGGCCGACGAACUUCGCCGGGAAGAGAUGAAGCAGAAGGCUGUUGCUCUCUUGAAAAGUCAUUCACGAACAUUCCGGUCGGUUGCGCUUAGUAUUUUUGUUGGGAUUCUGUCAUACUGGAUUAUGAAGAACAAUUAUCACACCUUAAUAAGAUGGCCAUCCUGUAAUCACCAUGUUCCCGCGCCUUUAGUGGGCACGGUGGCGCAGAUAAGGUCGAUAUUCUUCUAG